GGUCCGAGCGGUGGAGCGGCGAGCCGGACCUGGGUUAGCACUGAGGUGGCGGGGAUUUGGGGCGGCGAGGCAGCUGGACGUCCCGCGCCGGGCAGGGCAGAUGUUUCUGGACCAGAUGAAGCCCGAGGAACCUUCCAGCUGUAGAAUAAUAGGCCAGGAAGCCUUCUGAGUGUGGAUUUGCAGAAGACUUGCCCCACCUCUCCACACAAUGUCAGGAAACCACAUACCUUCUGCCAGUGGCCCCUUCUCAGCCCUGACUCCGAGCAUGUGGCCCCAGGAGAUCUUGGCCAAGUACACGCAGAAGGAAGAGUCAGUGGAACAGCCAGAGUUCUGCUACGAUGAGUUCGGUUUCCGCGUGGACAAGGAAGAUGGCGCCUCCCCCGGUCCCAGCAAGCUGCCCGGUGCGGCCCUGUUGGAGGACCCCCCGCAGAGGCUGCGGUGGCAGGCGCACCUGGAGUUCACCCACAACCACGACGUGGGGGAUCUCACCUGGGACAAGAUCGCCGUGUCUCUGCCCCGCUCAGAGAAGCUUCGCUCCCUGGUGCUGGCCGGCAUCCCACACAGCAUGAGGCCACAGCUGUGGAUGCGGCUCUCUGGGGCCCUGCAGAAGAAGCGGAGCUCCGAGCUGUCCUACCGAGAGAUGGUGAAGAACAGCUCCAAUGACGAGACCAUCGCUGCCAAACAGAUUGAGAAGGACCUGCUCCGCACCAUGCCCAGCAACGCCUGCUUCGCCAACGUGAGCAGCAUCGGGGUGCCCCGCCUGCGCAGGGUUCUCCGAGCCCUGGCCUGGCUCUACCCAGAGAUCGGCUACUGCCAGGGCACAGGCAUGGUGGCUGCCUGCCUCCUUCUGUUCCUGGAGGAGGAGGACGCUUUCUGGAUGAUGUGUGCCAUCACUGAGGACCUGCUCCCUGCGUCCUACUUCAGCACCACUCUGCUGGGCGUCCAGACCGACCAGCGGGUCCUGCGCCAUCUCAUCGUGCAGUACCUGCCCCGCUUGGACAAGCUGCUCCAGGAACACGACAUUGAACUGUCCCUGAUCACGCUGCACUGGUUCCUCACGGCCUUCGCCAGCGUGGUGCACAUCAGGGUGCUGCUGCGCCUCUGGGACCUGUUUUUCUACGAGGGCUCCCUGGUGCUGUUCCAGACCACGCUGGGCAUGCUGCGGCUCAAGGAAGAGGAGCUGGUCCAGUCGGAGAACUCGGCCUCCAUCUUCAACACACUGUCAGACAUACCUUCACAGAUUGAGGACGCGGAGCUGCUGCUGGGGGAGGCCAUGCGGCUGGCCGGCUCCCUCACGGAUGUGGCCGUGGAGACACAGCGUCGCAAGCACCUGGCUUACCUCAUUGCAGACCAGGGCCAGCUCCUGGGGACCAAUGCCACCACCAACCUCUCGCAGGUUGUGCGUCGCAGGACCCAGCGGAGGAAGUCCGGCAUCACCUCCCUGCUCUUCGGGGAGGACGACCUGGAGUCGCUCAAGGCCAAGAACAUCAAGCAGACGGAACUGGUAGCUGACCUCCGGGAAGCCAUCCUGCGCGUCGCACGCCAUUUCCAGUGCACAGACCCCAAAAACUGUAGUGUGGAGCUGAGCCCGGACUACAGCAUGGAGAGCCACCAGCGGGACCACGAGAACUACGUGGCGUGCUCACGCGGCCACCGGCGCCGGGCCAAGGCCCUGCUGGACUUCAAGCGACACGAUGACGAUGAGCUGGGCUUCCGCAAGAAUGACAUCAUCACGAUCAUCUCUCAAAAGGACGAGCACUGCUGGGUCGGGGAACUGAACGGCCUGAGAGGCUGGUUUCCAGCCAAGUUUGUGGAAGUCCUGGAUGAACGGAGUAAAGAGUACUCCAUCGCGGGGGAUGAUGCUGUGACAGAAGGGGUCACGGACCUUGUACGGGGGACCCUCUGCCCGGCUCUCAAGGCCCUGUUUGAACAUGGGCUGAAGAAGCCGUCCCUGCUCGGGGGCGCCUGUCACCCAUGGCUGUUUAUUGAGGAGGCAGCAGGCCGGGAGGUAGAGAGAGACUUUGACUCUGUGUACUCACGCCUGGUGCUGUGUAAGACGUACAGGUUGGAUGAAGAUGGCAAAGUCCUGACCCCAGAGGAGCUGCUCUACCGGGCUGUGCAGUCUGUGAACGUGACCCACGAUGCCGCGCACGCACAAAUGGACGUCAAGCUCCGGUCCCUUAUCUGCGUGGGGCUCAACGAGCAGGUGUUGCACCUGUGGCUGGAGGUGCUGUGCUCCAGCCUGCCGACCGUGGAGAAGUGGUAUCAGCCCUGGUCCUUCCUGCGCAGCCCCGGCUGGGUCCAGAUCAAGUGCGAGCUCCGCGUCCUCUGCUGCUUCGCCUUCAGCCUCUCCCAGGACUGGGAGCUUCCUGUGAAGAGAGAGGAGGAGAAGCAGCCCCUGAAGGAGGGUGUUCAGGACAUGCUGGUGAAGCACCACCUCUUCAGCUGGGACAUAGACGGGUGACGCUGCUCCUCCUCCAGCGGCCUUGUCGAGCCCGGGCUUCCCCCACCCUGGUGGCUCCCGAGCAGCCCCUUCCU